AUGAAAAAAUUCAUCGAGAGGGUUCAAGACAAAUUUGCCGACUUGGAACGCAGAGGUGAUGCUGCUGGCGGUGCUCCUCUUCAGGCCAACUCACAAGCACCACCGCCGACAUCGGUCGACGCCCCACCCUCUCGGCGUGACAUCUAUCUUAAUCGGAAGCAGCGUGGUGUCAACCUCGGUUCCUGGUUCUCGCUCGAAGGAUGGCUCACUCCCUCGCUCUUCCAGAAGGCCAAAGAGCCAAAGGGUAGUGAGCUCGACGUUGUCGCCGGUAUGGAGCCCAACGAGGCCAAGGCCAUGCUCGAGAAUCAUUGGGAUAAUUUUAUCAACGAUGGUGAUCUCCAGUGGAUGGUUGAUCACGGUAUUAACACCAUUCGUAUCCCUAUCGGCUAUUUCCAUUUCCUAGCAGGUCACCCUAAUGAGCAAGUCCGAGCACUUAUGCAAGGCACCCACUUCGAAAACUACGCUCAGGUGUAUCAGGGAGCUUAUUCUCGCAUUCAGCGCGCCAUCGAGUCGGCUGCUGGCCGCAAUGUCGGUGUGCUCGUCGACCUUCACGGUGCUCCAGGCGGCCAGAACGCCGAUGGUCAUUGCGGUGUGGCUGGCCGAAAGGCAGCAUUGUGGAACUCGCGCGAUGAUCAGCAGAAGACCAUCGAGAUCCUGAAAGCCAUGGCUGCAGAGUAUUCAUGCUUCGAGAACGUCGUUGGUCUCGAGCUCAUCAACGAGCCCAAGAACUCCGGCAGAUUGCAAGGCUUCUACGAUGAGGCAAUCGGUCAGAUCCGCUCUGUCUCGCCAGAAGCCGCCGCUCUCCCACUCUACCUUGGAGAUGCAUGGGACACCAAUCACUACACUGGCUACGUCGGUCAGCGUGCAGCUAGUGACAACUUCUUGGUGUGUGACUACCAUCUGUACCGAUGCUUCACUCCACAGGACCAUAGGACCCGAUGCGAGGACCAUGCACAUAAGCUUCACCCAGGCACAUCGCCCCAUCCUUCCAACAAAGAUGGAUGUGGUGAGACUGCCGCCUGGCUCCAAGACAUGUCUCAUCGAUGUGGUGGCUCGCUCAUCAUCGGGGAAUGGAGUGCUGCUCUCAACCCUUCCUCUCUCCAUCAUCUCGGCAACGAGGACCAACAGCAACCAGCUAAAGCCGAGUACGCACACAACCAGUGGCAAAGCUACGACAAGUUCUGCGCAGGCUACUUCUUCUGGACUCUCAAGAAAGAGGGUGGACCCGACACCGGCUGGAGCUUCUACUCUGCUGUUGAGCGUGGAGUCCUGCCUCAACAUCUUGACCCACACCGUGGACGUCGUAAGCCCAUCCAUGAGCUCCAAGGUGCUCGACAAGGUGCACAGGAUGGCGCACUUGCUGGCCAUGCCCGCUACUGGGACAAGCAGAAUGGUGGACCAUACGAGCACUGGCGCUUUGCACAGGGCUUCAGCUUGGCCUGGAACGACUCAAUCGAGUUCAUGAAGGCUGACGAGUCGAAUGAGAUCGGUUUCAUCGGUCAGUGGCAGAAGACAAGGACGGCGGCACAUGCUCAGGCCAAGGGCCAGGGUAGCAAGAUGAUUUGGGAGUUUGAGCAUGGGUAUAACCAGGGUCUGUCUGCUUUCAGGUCCGUUUUGUAUGCUUAA